CCUGUCUGUAAGGGGGUGUGCCUGUGUGACGCUUCACGGACACAUAUAAAACACACGACACACACCAAAGCGAUGUAAACUACGCGGUAGAAAACCUCCUUCAGGACCUAUAAUCAUAGCAGCGAUGCAGAGCAGCACGAUGGGCAAACCUCAGUUCGGCCCGUGGCUUAUACAGCAGGUGGAAAGUGGGAAGUAUGAGGGAUUGCGCAUGAUAGGUAACGAUGCAUUUCGGAUCCCUUGGAAACACAACUCUAGAAAAGACCUUGGGGACGAGGAUGUUAAAAUAUUUAAGGAGUGGGCUGUGGUCAGCGGGAAGAUCAACGAGAACCCUUACGACAAAGCGAAGUGGAAGACAAAUUUCCGUUGUGCGCUUCAUAGUCUGAAAAACUUUGAGAUGUUAGAGGAUCACUCCAAAGAUGCGGAGGACCAACACAAAGUCUAUCGCAUUAUCCGUCCUCAAAAUCGCCAGGAGAUACAGAGGGCCGAGCCGGUUCAACUUCAGCUACCAUUCAUUGCUGACAUCUACAGCGCAUCUGAUUACCUAUCUGAAGAGAUGGAGCAGGAAUUGCUCAGCCAAGUGGAGACAAUGCAUCUAAAUCAACAUGCAGAACCCCAACCAUGGGACACCUGUUCCCAGCAAAACAUACUGACUCCCUCGAGGAGCAACUUUGAGACGCCCUACUCAGAUGAUCCAUGCAUGCAGAACAACACCCCUGCCCCGGUCCAGCAAUCCAACACUGAUGCCCACCAAUGCAACCCUCCUAAUCUCUGGGACCUGGAGAUCUCGAUCAACUACAGGAGAAUAGAAGUUUUGAAAACUCGCCUGUCUUCGCCACUCGUUCAGUUUCACUACCAGUGUGACCCAUCUGAGCUGAGAGGAACGCCGAUACGCUUCCCGACCACCGAGGGCCUGGUCGACCACAUGCAGGUUCACUUCACUAAACGCAUCCUCGACAGCAUUCAGAGAGGCCUGCAGCUGGAGGUCAACCAGUCCGGCAUCUACGGCUUCCGGCAGGACAAGUGCAAAGUCUUCGUCAGCACCAGUGACCCGUCCGAGAUCCACAACCCAGAGCCCCGAAAACUGCAUCAGAACAACAGGGAGCUUCUGCUCAGUUUUGAUAAGUUCGUAAAAGAUCUGAUGGAUUUUAGAGAGAACAGACGGGGGUCUCCGGAUUAUACCAUCCACCUGUGCUUUGGGGAGAAGCUCCCUGACGGAAAACCACUGGAGAAAAAACUUAUCACAGUCAAAGUUGUGCCUCUGAUAUGCCGUGAACUUCACGAAAGAGCUCAGAUGGAGGGAGCGUCCUCUCUUCGAAACGAUAACGUCAGCUUGCAGAUCUCCCACAACAGCCUUUAUGACCUUAUCAAUUCUUUGGGUCUGCCUUCAAUGGACUAAAGUUUCUGUUUUCACCAUGAAAUUACACAGCCGUCCUUCAUUUUUACAUAUAUUCUCUCUGCUACUGUUAUACUUCUAGCACAAGGCAAACCGAGAGAACUCUUCAGAGGUAAUUUCCAUGGGGUAUUCUGAGGGUAUUUAAUUGUAAUCUCAACGAAACUAUCGUUCAAAUGCUCAGAAACCUCUCCUUGUUAACAUUUUCUAAUGAGGAAUACAGCCUCGUUUUAAUAUCUUGUCUUCUAGUGAAGAAUCUUUCACACUUUGCCCAAAGGGCUUAAUUCGCUUCUUGUUCAUUGCCUUGUUUAUGAAUGUGAUGUUUAGAAAGUUUGACAUUAAAUGAAGUCGUUUUAAAAAGCA